CGCUUCAGCACUGGAUGGGGACAGGAGGCAAUGCCCAGUAGAUGCAGCUGCCGAUAAUAGCACACAUCAGAGAUCGAGUGAGCACAGGCUCACAGGGGAGAGGAGAAGAAGAGAGGAGCGCAGCAGUACAGCACCAUGAGACUCCUGCAGAAGCAAGCAGAUAACUGAGGCUCUGUAAGAAAAGACAGAGAGUCUCGGUGCAGUGGAGAAGCUCAGAAUCUGUCAGACAGAGGGAGGUGGAAGUUAGAAGCUGCGAGAGAAGAAAAGAGACAGAGAACAGAAGGAAGGGGUGGAAGUUAGAAGCUGUGGGAACUCUUGGAGCUUCUUUUGGAAAGCAGCACUGAGGUCAGCAGGCAGCUGAACUGCCUGGACGAGAGCCGAACACAUGGGCACAUAGGCUGCUGGAACUUCCCACAGAAGCUCAUGCCUGGGCUUUAGAAGCUGAGGAGCAAGUGUGGUUUAACCUAGGCUGACAGUUCCUCUGGCAGUCCCUGUCUAUUACCAACCAGCCUGAUCAGCCUUAGAGACUGGAAAAGGGCUGGCUCCAUUUGGUGGAGCAUCAAAGAGUUAGUUGAAGCUUCUGACCAGCUUAUUCAGAGAGACAUGUUAGAGUAUGAACUGCAGAGCAUAGCCGCAGCCCCAGAGCAUGGAGAAGUCAAGUAGCGAGGAAUCCGCAAUCCACCGCAGCCCCUCUGUGGACAGCCACGACUCGGACUUUGCUCGAGCGUCCACCUCGGGACGCCCCUUCUCGGGACGGGGCUUCACUGCUGGUGCUUUCUACGGCUCCACAGGCCCACGUACACAGCAGCAGCAGCCCGGCACAGGCCAGAGCGGCGCAGCCGUAGACGACAAGAGCGGGAAUAAGUACAGCUCCCCCAAAGGCAGCAAAUACGUGGUCUUUUACCUGGAUCUAUCCUUUGUGUUCCUUUUAGAAUUCAAGAAGUGCAACAUGGCAAGAGGCUGCCUGUGCUGUUUGAAGUACAUGAUGUUCCUCUUCAACCUCAUCUUCUGGUUGUGUGGCUGUGGGUUGCUGGGUGUUGGGAUUUGGUUGGCUGUGUCUCAGGGCAGCUUCGCCACUUUCUCACCUUCCUUCCCGUCCCUGUCCGCUGCCAACCUGGUCAUCGCCAUAGGCGCCAUUGUCAUGGUGACCGGCUUCCUUGGUUGCUUGGGUGCCAUCAAGGAAAACAAGUGCCUACUCCUGAGCUUCUUCAUUGUCUUGCUGAUUAUUUUGCUGGCAGAGCUGAUUUUGCUCAUCCUCUUCUUCGUGUACUCGAAUAAGGUCAGUGAAAAUGCCAAGAAGGACCUGAAAGAUGGCCUUGCUCUCUACUACUCGGACAACAACAUUGGCCUGAGGAACGCUUGGAACAUCAUCCAAGCUGAGUGGAAGUGCUGUGGUGUGACAGGUUACACAGACUGGCAUGAGGCUCUAAAGGAGAAGGUGGUACCAGACCGCUGCUGCCAGGAGCAUUAUCAGGACUGUGGCCGUAAUGUCACCAAUGAGUUCUGGAAGCGGGGUUGCUUUGAGAAGGUGGAGGAGUGGCUGGACGAUAACAAGCACCUGCUCGGCACUAUUGGCAUGUGCAUUUUGGUUGUCCAGCUCCUGGGUAUGGCCUUCUCCAUGACACUGUUCCAUCAGAUCCACAGAACAGGGAAGAAGUAUGAUGCCUAGCUGCGCUGAAGUACAGAGGGGCGUUCCACUGCAUUAUUAUGGGACUGAAUUUGGAGGCCCCUCGAAAUCCCCUACAUACCACCAUUGGCCAAGUCCUAACCUUAUUCCCUGUUUUCCCCCGACCACUCUGUACAGACAUCAGCCAUGCGUCCCUUCUCUUCUCUUCUCUCCCGACACCACUCAUCUGCCAAAGAGAAAGAGGGACAGAGAGGAAGGAGUUCAGACUGUUUGGUUUGAAAAUUCUUGGGUGGUUGUCUCCCUCUUCAGCUCCUUUAGAACCUUUAUUUUCUACGCUUGGACUAACUAACGUUUGCAGGAAAGGAGAAUAUCAUGACAAUAAAACUGCAUUGCUUUACUAAUGCAUAAUUCCCACCCUGCAAAGCAAGGACAAAACAUAGAAGACUGAUAGCCAUGCCAACCUCUGGGUGGGGUGCAUUUUAAGUGUUGUUCAAAUGUUAAAAUCCCCUCAACAAUGAAAAUGACAAAAGGUUCCGUCUUGGCAUGCUGCAGUUUUCUACUCAGUGGAAACCUUUGUCAUUUAAGGCUAUGUUUUUUGUCUGUUUGUUUGUCUUUGCCCCUAUUUUAAUUACAUCUUUACGCACCUCUGAAGUUUGUCCUCUGAAGGAGACUGCUGAGUAGGUCUGUGGGUUGUAGUAGAGGGUUAGUCAGUUCUAACUUGCUCUAACUGAAAUCUGUCUGUGCUCGUAUGUUCAGAUUUGUGAUGGGUGGUUUGAGAAGAUGCCAACGGGGGUUGAAAUUUCAUGCAAGAAAUGAGACUGACAUUAAGAUAAAGAAGGAUAGACAGCUGUGGAUAUUUCAAGUCAUUUUUCAGUAUGUUUGAUCACCCUGCUUUGCAUAGAACUCAAACAAGAUCACUCAAAUAAAUGUCAUAUUUCUCUGUCUAAAUUCAGAUAAACACAACAUGCUCAGUAACGAUACUUCUACAUACAGUGUGUUUUAGAGCCAGUCAUGAAGUUUCAGAGUCCUGUUGUGGCAGUAAUGGACAAAAAGCAUGUGCAGCAAGCUGAGGUUUUGGAGAGAGGCUAAAGAGUAGAUCAAGGAGUGUCCAGUUUAUGAAGAGUACGGUUUGUUGGCCUGGUGAAUUGUUUAGUUCAAGCUAGACUGAAGCUGGACACCCCUAGGGUAGAUCAUUUGUGCCAUUCUACCUCCCUAAGGGCACUUUCACAAGCACAUGGUAUCUGUCAAAAAUGCUUUGAUAUGCAUUGCUGGUUUGUUGUAUGUUUGUGGGCAGUAGGGGUUGCAUAGACUGAAUCGUGUAGGCAGCGCUAUGGACAGGUCAGAUAUUUAAAAAACUGCAGUUAACAGGCUGGAGGAGAGAACAGUUUUUCUGCUAAACAAAAGUUCUGCUCAAAGUACUUUAUUACUGUGGAAAUAGAACAAGAAAUGAAACCAAUUCCACUGCAAGCUGUGAAAGCUUGCACAGACCAGGUAGGUUUUGAGAACUGCACUAGGAAAAAACAUGCCAAACAUCUAAUCCCAGACCACUUAGCACAAUUUGUACAACAAAAACAAACUUGGAUUACCAACAGAAAAUGUACCUCGUUUACUUGCUACUUACAGUUUCAAACACAAUUUAAGAAUAGUGUUAAAAACCGAAUGUCAUGUGAAUGUUUCCUAGUUGUACGACUAGGCCUGUAUCUUACUCUGAAAGGCUUAUUGAUAAAUAGAUGCAACUGCAUGCUACUAGCAUUUAGCUUGAAAGAACAGUAAUUUCCCAUUGGGCAGUGCACGGAACAGUUUAAAUUCUCAGUAAGUGGUGAGUUUCUGAGAGCUCUGGUGAUUUGGUGAUGAGUCUGAGUACUUCUGAAACUUGGUGAUGUACAAUAAACUCUUCUGCAGUUCAAAUCUCACAGCUCAAUCUGCAGGAUAAGAUCUGCCACAAUAACAAACCCCUGUUAGCAAGCUAACCGCAACUAACAAACUACUUUUCACAGACAUCUGGAACUCUCACUUUUUAAUGUGGUAAUGAAGAACAGUCAUGCCACCCCUUAGUGGGCAGAGGUAGGUGUUCUCCCAUGUGACUAAUAUAUACAGGAAAUUCAUGGAUGGUUGAAAGUGAAGAAACUGAUGAUUCCUUCUGUGAAGAACAUUGACAGUAAUGCACCCCAUGAGCUGUCAUAGAUCUUUAAAAUUGGAUUGUACAGCUCUUAAUGUGAGCUGAUAGCAAUUAGUUUCUACUCAAUAUCAACAAAACUCUCUCUGCUUGGCUGAUAUAUGGUAAUGUGUUCUGUGAGGGUGGCACGAUGCAGUGGGUAGCACUAUCACCUUAUUACAAGAAAGGCCUGGGUUCGAUUCCCAGCCGGGCACCAGGGUCCUUUAUGUACGGAGUUUGCGUGUUUUCCCCGUGUCUGUGUGGGUUUCCUCCCACAGUCCAAAGACAUGUAGUCAGCCCAAUUGGACAUGCUAAAUUGCCCCUAGAUGUGAGUGUGUAUGUCUGUUUGUCUGCCCUACGAUGGACUGGUGAUCUGUCUAGGCUGUUUCCUGCCUUUCGCCCAUUGACCGCUGGGAUAGACUCCAGCCCCCCCAUAACCCAGAAGAACAAGUGGCUUAGAAAAUGUGUGUGUUCUGUGAGGUAAAAGAGCAGCAUGAUUUUGAGCAUUUACACUGGAGAUCAAAAUUAGAGAACAAUUCAAGAACACUUGAUUUUUUCAGAAAUAAUCAAUCUUCAUUGGUCAACAUUUGUAGGAUUUUUUGUUAGGGGUAUACCAUGCCACUAGAACAGCGUUUAACAAAAUAACAAAAGAACUUCAACAAAAAAUCUUUAUUUUGCAAAGAACACAAUGAUCAAAAUUAGAGAACAGCAAUGACUGUAGCACAGAGAAAGAUUACAAUAAAAUUUUCUGAAGGUUACAACAGUCACCAGUCAGUAGGAGGUGUAAAGGCCUUUGCUUUGAAUGACUUCAGCACAUCUGCAGCCACAGGACAUCACUAGUCUCUCACACUGCUCUGGUGUGAUUUUGGUCCACUCUUCUUGCAGUUUCUACCACAGUUCGGUGACUGUAGUGGGUUUCUUGGCCAUAACUUUGUCACCAAGGAUUUUCCAGAGGUUUUCUAUUGGGUUUAGAUCAGGACUCUGAGCUGGCCAUUUCAUUGUUUCAAUGUUUUCAAUUUCAAGGAACCGCUUUACCCGUUUUGCUGUGUGACAAGGGGCAUUGUCAUGCAUGAAAAUUGCUGGCUGAUUGAGUGACAAACGCAAGGAAGGAACCACGUGUUGUUGAAGAAGGUUCUAAUACACACUUGCAUUCACUCUGCCGUGUAGCUGUAUGAGAGGCCCAACUCCUGCUGCUGAAAACAUUCCCCAAACCAUGACAUUUCCUCCUCCACCUUUCACUGACUUUUUUACACACUUCGGGUUCAGUCUUUCCCCAGUUUUUUCGACGAACAUAAUGUUUCCCAUCAUACCCAAAUAAAUUAAACUUGCUUUCAUCACUAACGUGAACUCUGGACCAUGUUUCCUCUGUCCACACAACAUGCUCCUCAGCAAAGGUUAAUCUAGUCUUUUGAUUCUUUCUGCUAAUGAGAGGUUUGGUCACUGCAGAGUGGGCUUUCAGUCCAAAUGCUCUUAAACGUCGAGACACUGUAUGACGAGAUCGAUCCUUACCCUGUUCAGUGCUGAACUGGCGAGCAAUUCCAGCUGCAGUGUUGAACCGAUUGCCCAUGGAGAUUCUCCGCAUUAUCCUGUCCUCUCUUGCAUUUGUCUUUCAUGGACGACCAGCUUUCUUGGGAGACUUGAAUGAGUUUGUGGUGUUGGAAAGAUGCAGUAUUCUGGAAAUUACAGACUUGGAACGACCAACUUCUCGGCUGAUAGGGUCACCCCUUUGACCUUCAUCUUGACAACCUGCUGACGGAGGGUUUCAGUCACUUUGGAACGGCUUUCCAUCUUGCAAAGUCAGUGAAAACUGGAAACUUGGGCUGCCAGUUAAAGAGGGUUUGUCAGAAAAUUAAGGAAAUUAGCACCAGGUGCCAUAUUAACACCACCAACUUGCAGGUGUCUGAAAGUGUUCUCUAAUUUUGAUCAGUGUUCUCUUUCAAAUACUUCAUUUAAGUUUUUUUAUACUGUGCCUUACAGUGUAGGCACCUCAUGAAAUAUGUUUGAAAUACUGCUCUUUAACUCCUGUUAGGAUAAAUUCACACAACAUAGUGACCUUGACAUUUAGGAAAUUGUGUGUUGUUCUCUAAUUUUGAUCUCCAGUGUAUAUUAGGAACUCAGGAUAUCAAUGCAUUGCCAUCAUUGAUAUCUAUGCCAAGAGGUGCAUUUUUGACUGAUACCAGAAUGUCCUUAUGGGAUUCAACGGUAAACUGGUGAACAGAGACAAAGUUAAAGUAGUCUCUACCAAAAAAGAGCUUCCAGACACUAAGCCAGAGCCUGGCUCCAGUAUCAUUGAUUGUCUGAGUGUGAGAUUCUGCAUUCUUUGUUUCUGUGCAUCUCAGCUGCUCAGCCAGUGUUUCUGUUCACUCGUUCCAUCUUUUCAUUAUUUUUCUUGCAUGAAGGCUAGAAUGUGCCCCAGAGGUUACAGUUUGCAUUUUCAACUGACAUUCCUUGUUAGGUGAGCUGAUUUUGAAUCUGUACCUCUAGUUCAGAUUCUGCUCUGGUGUCUCCCUGCCUCCAGCUCAGAGGGGAAUGGAAGGAGCCAGAUCAAAGGCAAUGCUUUUCCGAGAUGAUGGCAAACGAGGCCUUAGAUUGAAAGGCCAUUUACCAGCUCAGUUUUGUGGGCUUUAAUUGCAUGCUGUAGAACAAGAAUUACUUUGUCCUGGCUGCAUUUGCUGUCAGACAUCCUGGCGAGAGCGAGAGGGAGGGGUCAUCAUGUUGUCUCAUAUCAAACCUGGCACUUGGACAGCCGUGACCUUCUCCCCAGGUGUUAGGCUGGGGAUUAGCGUGUGCUGUGCUGAUGUUAACGCCACACGUCCAAUCAGGUAUUGACAGGUUUGUUUUUUUUUUGGGGUUUUUUUUUUGCUGUUUACUGUAGUUGGGGAAAUUGGUUUUAAACAAUCAGGGACCAGAUGUGGUCAGCAGUUCAGAUUUUCAUCCUAGAUACAUGGAGAAUUGGAGUUGUAUUCUGCUUUGGAUGAGCGUAAGAACGCUGUCACUGUGCAUUGCUGCUAUGAGAGACGUCGUUUGAGGUUCUUAAGAGUGAGAAGACGUGACGGGAAAGAUUAACAACAGCUAAGAAACACUGCAGACUCUACCACAAUAACCCUUUGCUUGUUAACACCUGGGGAUGUCUGAAUGCUGGGGAAUGUUUGGAAUUGGUGUGGAGCUGAAGGGCAACAAGCCUACUAUUAUAGACAAGCAGUGAUUAAACACAGUGAGAAAAUAAAUAUGUUUUUUUUUUUCAUUGUCUUCUUUUUUCUUUCUUUUUUUAUUUGCAUGGAAAAAUUGUUCCAUCAAGCAAAACUACUAAUGCAAAACAGUGGAAACGGGUGAUGCAGGUGAUGCAGGGUUUCUUUGUGGUUUUGCUGCAUAAUUACAGUACAUUUUUAAUAUCUUUUGAAUGGAGGAACAAUGCUGUCCCCUGCUCUCAUGAUCUUGAUUUGUGCAAGAAUUGGGUAAUUUCUUAAAAUCAGCUGUAACCUUCAUUUUUCCACCCAAUUGUUUAAUGCUAAACCCAUUUGUCCCUUGCUGGGCCGUCAUCUUAUUACGUAUAUUAAGCUGCAGUUGUAUUGUUUCAUGAAUGGAUUUUGGAAGAAUACACAGAAAUUAUAAAAAAAAAACAAAUCUGCCAACAGCUUUUAAUUUUCUGUAUAAUUGUAUCUGUUCUUGUUUCACACUGCUUUAAUUCAAUAUCAGAUUAGGUGAUUCUGGCUGCAUAUCAUCUCAAAUACACCCAGCAGAUGUGAAAUAAGUGCAUAUUUUUCAUGACCUCAAGUCUUGCUCUCAUCAAGUAUUAGAAAGGUUGUCUGUAAUAUCUAACUGCACAGGUGGGGGGGCAACAAAAUGCCUGUUACAUUAACACAAGGGUUACAUUAUCGAUUUGUUGCAUUCUUAUUCUUUUUAUUUUGUAUGUUGGGUGUCAUUCUUGUCUGUUUUUAUUCCACAGCCUGUUUUACAUGUUUUAUUCUUUUAUUUCACUUCCUGGAUUGGCUUUCUUUUGAAGGUCAGCUCAGCAACCUGACAAGAAUUAGCAUAACAGGACUUUUAAUUUUGAAAAGGCUCUGAUCUGACUGCCUUAUUAUCAGAUCAGCAGAAUUCGUUGUUCGGUCUUCGCAGUUUAUGCUACACAUUCUAAUCUUAUUCACAAUUUUAAUCCAAAUAUUACUGAACCAAGACAGUUCUUAAUGUGUAAUAUGGUUUGUUCUUUACUGAGCUGAUCUUCAUACGUUAAUGCAUCACCUCGCGCUAAGCUCUAUGUUUUCAGUUUGCCCUGUCUGAAUUGAUCGUUUCCGGCCCAACAUAGACAUGUCAGAAUACUAUGUAGAAUGUUUGUGUUGUCUAAAUGUAUAUUUUGGUAAGUCAUUUUCUUAAUUGCCACUGAAACGAGUUUUGUACCCAUUUGUUGUUAUCCAGUAUCUUUUGUUUGUUUAUUAGCUUUUUUGCAUUUGUAUUUUUCAAUUCGAGUGUAACUCAGUUCUGUACAUGUUGCUAUUUGUUGGUACUGUAUUCAUAUUUUGACACUGUUGCAGGGAAGCAUUUUAUCCAUAGACCUGAGUAAUCAUGAUAUAAAUUAUCCAAGUAUUCCAUUCUUUCUUUGAAACACUGUCCCAAAAGUAAUUAAUUUGGUAUGGAAAGAAGGGAUUUGGAAAGCAACUGAUUUCUACCACCUUUAUCUGUAUUUUUGUACUACAGUCCUAACCCCAGCACUAACCUGCAUAUACGAGCUGUGGAAACGUACUCUCUUGAGUGGUGUGUUUGAUGUAGUGUCAUGGUGGGUGGCAGUUCUAAUAUCUUGUCAACUGAGCUUUGUCCUGUGGAGUUUUUUUGGCUACUUGUAAAGCACUAUAUAAUAUCUAUAUUAGGUGGUGCACUAAAUUUCACUCUUUAAAUCCUAUUUUUUAAAUAAAGGAAAGUGUGUCGCAAAACUCCAUGAUAAUGUAUAGUCAUUGACUUUCUUCUUAAUGACUGAUUCUUCAGAUGAUUUUUGUAUGCACCAUUCUAGACACUACAUUGAACUUUGUUUAAAUUUCGCCAUGAUAUCUUAGAAGACAUUUAUAAGUGUGUUGGAACAGAUAGCAGCUGUAAGGUGGUUCCUAUCCGCUCUGGAAAAGCCUGCUGCUAAUGAAAUACUGACCGUGUGUCCACAAAAGACUUUGAAAUGAAGCAUUACGGCACACUGAGAAAUAAGUGUUUAAGAACUUUUUCUACGCAUUAGAAACAACUUGGUGCGAGUGCCGCAUUAUUUUUCUACUGAGCUUUAUUAAAUGAUUAAUCUAACUUCUGUACCAUUUCACUUUGGCUAUUUUUCAAAACACCUUUUCUUCUAUGCAAAAGCCCUGUUUAGGCUUUUUACUGAUCAUUUUGUAUUAGAUCCAUGUAAUUAAAUAAACUUAUUAGAAUUAAUUGA